UUUGUGUUCUUCCUGACAACCUGUAGCACGCAGCCUUAUUAUAUGCAGCCCAUAGCCCAGGGGUCAGCAACCUUUUUCAGCAGGGGGCCAGUCCACUGUCCCUCAGACCAUGUGGUGGGCCGGACUAUAUUUUUGGGGGGAAAUGAACAAAUUCCUUUGCCCCACAAAUAACCCAGAGAUGCAUUCUAAAUAAAAUCACACAUUCUACUGAUGUAAAAACACCAAACAGGCCCCACAAAUAAUCCAGAGAUGCAUUCUAAAUGAAAGGACACAUUCUACUCAUGUAAAAACAUGCUGAUUUCCGGACUGUCCGCGGGCUGGAUUGAGAAGGCGAUUGGGCCGCAUCUGGCCCUCGGGCCUUAGGUUGCCUACCCCUGCCAUAGCCUAAUUUCAAAAUCCCUCUGCUAGGAAACAGCUUAGACCUCCAGCAAGAGUGAUCUGUCUUUCCUGCAGCAGCUGGUUGGACAGGGAGGAAGAAGAGGGAGAAAGAGUGAGAAGGAGAAGGGAUGGCAGAAAGAGAGAGAAAACAGGUGGCUAUGUGCACAUUUGGUCCUGCCAUUGGUCAACUUACUCUGAGGGAAUGCCGUCCUCAACAACAACAAAGUUGUGUACCUCUACUGGGGGGUGGGACACUGAAUGGAUGUUGAAUAAUAUCUGUUGAGGGCUUUUCUGGAUCCUUUCUCCACCAGAGAGAAAUAUUACAAUAUCACAAGGUAUUAAUAUUACAAAAUCACGACAGGUUAUAUUUCUAUAUUACUUAAUGGGAGCUCAGAUUCUUAAACGUCCAUUAUGGCUUCACCUGAAUACGAGAUUACCGAAAGUUGUGUCAUAGCCAUUAUCAUGCUCAACUGAGAUUUAUAUUGAAAAGGAGGUGUUCCCCCCCCACCCCCAUAGUUACGGCACUUCGUAUGGUUCUUGACUGAUAUUUCUACUCCAAAGAGUUAAUGAUCAAAGUUAAUAUCUGCAUUAGAAUUCAUAGAAACAAGAAGUGUUUCUAUGUUCUAAUUAUGUUUGUAUCAAUCUCAGCUGUUAAGAUCUAUGGGAGGGGUUCUAACAUGGGAGUCAUCUUCUUGUGAAAUAAAACCUGUCAGAGAAGGAGCAGAGGCUAACCUUUAGCAGAGUGCCCAUACUGAUAUCUCAUACGAAGAUAACACACAUUUGCCUUCUACAGAAUAGUCCUCACUGUCUACUAGCUCAGAUGAAUACUGAACUCACAAUCAGUGGUGCUGGUAAGAGGUGCCAUCCCUACUUAUAAAAAUAUGUUGAAGGGAUAUGAAAAAUCCACCCAUGUGCCAUUUCUUCCUAGUUAACACACUUUUGAGAGCUCAGCAUCAAACUGUUCUUUCUGUGCAAUGACCUUAACCACCAUGUUCAAUGUAGUGUCAGAAACAGACCACCACCACCCCAAAUUAAAAAUUAAGACAUGUUCUUGAAAUGAUGAGGAUCACAACUUUUUUGUAAGUCUCAAAUUGUGCUUCUCCAUAUGUGGAUAAGCAUAUCCGUUUGCAUCUUGAUAAUAAUUGCAAGCCUUUAACAUUGUUUAAAGGCUGGGGGUGAGGUAGGAGAAAGGUGUUAUUCAUCCUAUAGCUGAAGAAUGGUUACAUACCUUUUCUAGCUCUAAAUACUGCCUAACUAAAACUAGCAGAAUCUGUUUGGCUAGACACCACGGCUAUAUUAAGGCUUCAAAGAAUGCAAAGGCUGGGGAUGAUUGACCACUGUGGCCUUCCAGGUCUUGUUGGGCUCCUCUUUCCAUCAGCCCCAGGAAUUAUGGGAGUUAUAGUCCAUGGAUUAUGGGAGUUGUAGUCCAGGUUAGCUACCACUGGCAAAGGAGAAUAAAGUGUUUAGGGGUAGUGAAAGCCAGCCCUUUCCCCAAUGUCAACAGCUCCACUAGCUCCUCUCCUGAAAUUUGCAUGUUGAACAGGAAAGUCUGAAGGGGGAUUUUGAAUGUGUUUGGCUGGAUAGGCUAUACUUAGAAUCUUCCCCACAAUUGGGAAUCCUGAUGCACAGGGCUUCCAAGCACGGGGAGGCUGAACACAUGAACAUUGGUUUUGAUGUGCAAAAGUUGGGGUAGAACCAGCAGGAAUGGGGAUUUGGGGUGCAGGGCUGCUGUGUGCCCACUUUAUUCUUCCUCGCGUUCUUUGAAUGUCCAGAUAUUAUUUAUUUACUGUAUUUGAUAUUUGCAUCUGUUAGUCUCACUUCAUAACACAAGUUUUCUGGGGCUCGCAAGUGCUUCGGUGCUUUCACCAAGUCUCUGAAGAAAAGAUCGCCUGUGAGCAAAGAAAAACUUGCCCAAAUUAAGUGAUUUUGGUCAUUUUCCCCUUGCAAGAAAUUUUAAAAACAGGGCCCAAAGUCUAGCCGGCAGUUAUUGCUGUUGGAAGGGAUGCAGAAACUGUGAGUAUACUAGUCAAACAGCAGCAAAAGAGAUCUCUCUCUGUGUGUUUUCUUAUAUUUUGGUAACUGUUUACAUUUGAACAUCUCCCUCUAGUGGGCAAAAGCCACUUUAGUGGUGGUGUGAGGUGAAUUUUGACCCCUUGGAAACACUGUAGUUCAAUAGGAAGGAGGGUAUGGAAGCAAAUGGAAGACUAGAUGAGCAGGUGGGAAGCAUUCUGAGGAGCCAAGAGCUUUAAUUUUACUCUUAGAUGGUCACAUUAGUAAUUUGUGACUCGUGUGGGAACGGGGGUGGCUUGGUGGCUAGUGCCUUGGGCGUCAGGGCAGGCCCAAGGCCUUCCUCAAAUAUGACGACAUGCAGCAAAUCUCUUCCAUUUAACAAUGCGCAUGUAAAGAAGGAUUCUUAUCCAGAAUAUUCCCAACACUUCCCCCCCCCCAGUCAAGAAAUAUUUUGAUUAACACUGUUGGAGGGACAAGAAUAUUCCCUAUAUCUGCAGGUACCCUAGAAAACAUUGUGGCUGUGGAUCCCACAAUUAUGCAUUGUGUAAAGAAUUCCUUCCUCUUGCCUGUCCUGGCUCUAUUGCCAAUCUGCUCCAUUGGUGACCCCGACUUUUAAGAUAGGGGAGAGGGUGAAAAAUGUGCCAUUUGCCUAUGUUCUCUGCUCCACUUAUACGAAACCUGUGCUUAAUUUUGCAUCUGAGACAAACAAGGCCUGUGGGGUGUAGUUGCUAAAGUUUGACUGUGGGAAAGCCAGGGACACAUCUUUCGCUAUGAAACAAAACUCCCUUUCCAGCUCAUCUGCUUCAUAGGAUGAUGUUGUGAGCCCAAAAUACCCCCCUGAACUUGGAGGAGAGGCAGGAUCCUGAUAAGGCAUCAUCCCUUACGUGGGGAUGCAUAUUGUGGGCUGUCAUAGCUCAAAGGGAAGAUUAAGUGUCAUUGUAAUCACCAGACACCAUCAGUUAACUUAAGUAGGUUAAUGUAUUGGAGAAUGUGAGAGUAGUGCAUUUGAAAAGGAAUUUUUAAAGAUGUUAUUUAAGCAUUAUGCUUAUUUGUUUAAAUGGAUUCUUAUUACUUUUCAGGGGAAGGGUGAGUGGAAGAAUGGAAACAUGCAAAAUGCUAUGAUGUGUAGAGAUGACCAGAUAGUACUACUGCUAAUUGUCUGAUCAAAUGUUACAGCAGCAAGUUAGAAGGCAGAGAAUGGAUGCGUUCCAAGAUGUCUUCCAAAAGGUAGAGAAGAUUGGAGAGGGCACCUAUGGGGUAGUAUAUAAAGCCAAAAACAAACAGACAGGCCAGCUAGUUGCUUUGAAGAAGAUCCGCCUAGAUUCGGAAACAGAAGGAGUUCCCAGUACAGCAAUUCGAGAAAUCUCCCUGCUGAAAGAAUUGAAACAUCCAAACAUAGUGAGGCUUCUUGAUGUAGUUCACAGUCAGAAGAAACUCUAUCUAGUCUUUGAAUAUCUGAAUCAGGACCUUAAGAAGUACAUGGACUCAUCUCGUACAGGGGAGCUGCCUUUAAGUUUGGUCAAGAGCUACCUUUAUCAACUGCUACAAGGUGUAAGCUUCUGUCACUCCCACAGAGUCAUCCACAGAGAUCUGAAGCCCCAGAACUUACUUAUAAACGAAAUGGGAGCCAUCAAACUAGCUGAUUUUGGCCUAGCAAGAGCCUUUGGUGUUCCACUGCGUACUUACACUCAUGAGGUUGUAACCUUAUGGUAUCGAGCUCCUGAAAUUUUACUAGGUUGUAAAUUCUACUCAACGGCUGUGGAUAUCUGGAGCAUCGGCUGCAUAUUUGCAGAAAUGGUAACCAGAAAAGCCUUAUUUCCUGGGGACUCCGAAAUCGACCAGCUUUUCCGUAUUUUCCGCACUCUUGGUACACCUACUGAAUCAUUGUGGCCGGGAGUGACUCAACUUCCGGAUUACAAAGGGAAUUUCCCAAAAUGGCCGAGAAAAGACAUGAAGGCGUUAAUUCCAAACUUGGACAGAGAUGGACGAGACUUGCUGAUGCAACUAUUACUGUAUGAUCCCAACAGACGCAUCUCAGCCAAGGCUGCUUUGACCCACCAAUAUUUCUGGCAGACUCCAUCACGAGAUGCCAAAGAGCAACGUGUAGUAGAGAGGUAUGGCCCAUGAGAGGAGGCAAAUCUGCAGUGUGCUUCCCUGACAAUAGUUCCCUGGAUUAACCCUUCCUAAUAACUGAGCCUCUUGCUUGGAAUUGGAAUCGCUAUGGAGGAUGAAACUUGUUCAUUAUGGUUUAGAAGUUCUCGGCCUUUUAGUGGGGUUAAUGCUAUAUUCAUAUAGAUUUUGACUGUUCUAAAUAGUACGCAGCCUCUCAUAUUCUUUGAAAACAAACUUGGCACUGUAAGCAUUUGAUGAGGCAAAAAAUGAUUUGAAAUUUUAGGAUUGCUAUGUGUUUGAAUUCAAUCCUAAUCCAGCAACCACAUAUUAUUCAAUCUUUGCUGUAGUUCAGGUAUUGCAUUGCAGAGAAAUUGGUUAUAGUAACUUAGGCACUGCCAGCACAGCCU